AUGGGCGGGCUAGCAGGGUGCAACGACUCGGUCAGGUCAAUAAGAGACUAUACCAAGAAAGCCGAAAUGAAAAAAUCUUGGCCAUUAAAGAUCGGUUCCGAAAAUACAUCGAUAGCCUUCAACGACAGCGAUCUGGAGGGUUUAGAUCUCCCACAUAGCGACCCCCUGGUCGUCGAACUUCUUAUCGGUGAAAGCGAAGUUACGAGAAUCCUGAUCAACACCGGGAGUUCGGUCAACGAGAUCUUCAGGAACGUCGUGGCACAAAUGGAGAUCGGCGAAGGUGAUAUCAAGCCCGAAUGCCACUCCUUAACCGGUUUCGAUGGAGAUCAUAUCAUGUCUAUCGGCACCAUCGACCUGCCAAUCUUCAUCGGGGUCAUGGCGAGGUAUUCCCGAUUCGUCGUCAUCGACAAGCCAACUAUUUAUAAUGUCAUCCUCGGAACCCCUUGGCUUCACAAGAUGAGGCCAGUCCCGUCGACAUACCAUCAGUGCGUCAAAUUUCUAACCUCGAAGGGUGUAUACACGUUGCGCGGCAACCAAUAG